AUGGACUCUGAAGAGAGAACCCAGGUCAUACACGAGCGUGAUAUGAAAUACCAGAAUACCUCUCACCAGGCCAACUUGCUGGUCAAGGAUGAGGAGGCGCGGAGAGUGAAGCUCCGCAGCAUGUUGCUGCGCGACGAAAACUCGUCGCUGAAGGGCCGGGUUGCCCAGAAGACCGCCCAGAUCAAAAACCUUGUCGACCAGGGCGACGACAUUCGCAGCCAGCUCGAGAGCGUGCAGCAGAAGUGCCGUAGGCAGGAGGCUAUGGUGCAGGCGCAGGCUCGCGAGAUUAACAACCUGAAGGACGAAUUGUCGGCAUUCGGGAGCGUGUCACAAGAUUCGACAAAGCUCCUUUCCGAGAAGCUGGCUCUCUCCCGGGAAGUCGCGCUCCUCAAGCCUGAGAUUGAGCACCUCCGAUCGCAAUUGUCGCACCAGAAAGAUGUUCUGGCCGAGAAGUUGGCUCUAGAACGCCAGCUUAACGCGUUGGAGGUCGAGCUGGCCAACGAGAAGCGGGUCGCCCAAAAAGCGGCCCAUAAGCAAGACCGGGACAACCAGGAGGAAGAAGAACUUCGGAAGCAAGUGCGCGAGCUGGAGAAGCAGCUCGCCAAGGAGAAGAAAGCCACCCAGAAGCAUGCGCAAACCCAGCAGGCCAUAAGCGACGAGGCCGAAGGAGAAUUACAGUCGCUACGUGAGGAACUGGCGACAUCGGAGAAAAGCCUCGCCGCGGAAAAGCGCAAAGUCCAGCAGCUGAGCAAGAACGAGGACAACAUCCCAACUGAGCUGAGGGAGGAACUCGACCAGUUGCGACAAAAUCUAGCCGAAACCGAGAAGGCGUUGGCAGCCGAAAAGCGCGCCGCCCAGCAGAAAGCCAAGGACCAAGCAAGCGGGACGUUGUCCACGCCGGGUGAGGUUGCGCAGCUUCAAGAGACGGCUGCUAGCAUCGAAAAGCAGCUAGCAGCCGAAAAGAAGGACAAGGCUCGCCUCCAGAAGCAGAGCGAACAAGCUUUGGCCGAGGUUGAGGCCCAGCAGGAAGCAUCUGACGAGAAGUUAGAGAAGACGAAAGCCAAGCUGCGAGAGGCGCAAGAAGAUCUGAAGAAGUGCCGAGCCGACCUCGAAAAGGCCAGGGAGCACUCUGUCACAAUCCCAGCCGUCAAGACGACUACGGUUCCCACCAAGAAGCCAGCAGUGCGGGUGCCGGCAAAGAAGAAGAAGAGAGGCGUCGACGAAAUGAGCAUCGACGAUAAUAUCCUCCUCACUCCUAGCAACAAGGAUGAUCGGCUAAAGCGCCCUCUUAAGAAGAGGGGCUUUGAUCCUUCGGUCGUGGGGGAGAAGUCGACAUUCUCGAUUACGCCUUUCCUGAACAAGACAAUCAACAUCAGCGACUUGUCUCCCAAAGCCGGCCGAGACGAGACCACCCGCGCUCUGCCGUUUUUCCAGUUUCGCGGUCAAGAGGAAACCACAACGGUAGUUUCUAUGGCGGUUGACAAUGAGCCGGCCGCCACUGAACCAGAGUCUGCCGCUACUACAGCAGAUCCGACCAAGAAGGCUACCAGAACACUAAAAGAGAAGAAGCCACGCGGCAGGCCAAAGGCCAAGCCCUUGGCUGAAUCGUCGCCGUCAAAGAAGAACCUGACGGCUCGAAACGGCAAAGCGACGCUGCCAGAGUCGACGCUGGGGAAGGUGACUGAGGAGGCCGAAGAGGCCAGCCAAGAUGAGCAGGAGAACCGGUCGAUGGAGAGCUCUACAUCAGCCGCAUCUGUGACCAAGACAACGAGCAUCGCCACCGACAAGGCGUCGACGGAGACUUCACGUCCAAGGGGUGGCGCCAGCGUCGAGACAGAGCCCAGGAAGAAGAAGCGCAAGGUGCUUGGCUCGUCGAAUAGGCCCUCAGUGUUUGACGAGGACGAAGGCGAGCGCGUCGUGGUCAAGGCAGCAGCAGCUGCUGCUCGGGGAACGGCAGUGAAACCAGCUGCUGUGACCACGAAGCGGCCGCCUAAGGCCGGACUCAACGGCGUCAGGACCGUAGGGGGCGCGAAGAAGACCAUGGGGAUAGGGGCUAAGAACCCGUUCGCUGGCGCCGCCUUCUCGCCCCUCAAGCGCGACCGGCGAGGCGUCAAUGCCAGCUUCCUAGCCUGA